UAAAAUCUAAAAGAAAAGUUAGAAUGAAUGCGCAGAAAUUUUCUUUGAUGAGUGAGUCCUGAAACCAAGUCACUUCUCUUCUUCUGUUCUCCGUGCGUGAAAUCAAAGUGGCGCUGAGAGAGAGUUAACGCAAAUGGCAGGACGCAACCAUCACCACCAUCUACAUUCUUCUCUCGCUCGCCGCGACGAACCCCGCCUCUCUCAUCCCUCCACCGCCUCCGCUCGGCCCCUUCCGGUCACCGCCCUCGAAGAUCGCAUCAACGCCCGCCACCGGGAACUCCAUUCCCUCCUCCUCGAAAACCAGCGUCUCGCCGCCACUCAUCUCGCCCUAAAACAGGACCUAUCCGCCACUCAACUAGAACUCCGUCAGCUCUCCGUUGCCGCCGCCGAUGUUAAAGCCGAACGAGACGCGGAGGUGCGCCGGAUCUAUGAGAAGUCGCUCAAGAUGGACGCCGAGGUACGCGCUGUCUCUGCCAUGAAGUCUGACCUUGAUCAGGUGCGGGAUGAUGUGCGUGAGCUUGCGGCCGAGCGGAAGGAGCUUACGUCGCAAUUGCAGUCCAUUCAGAGUGAACUCGAUUUGGCUCGUAAUGAUUCGAAGUCCUUGCCGGCUAUCAAAGGUGAUAUUGAAGCGUUGCGGCAUGAGAUUCAUCGGGGAAGGAAUGCCAUUGAGUUUGAGAAGAAGACACAUGCUAAUAACCUAGAGCAAAAACGGGUAAUGGACAACAAUAUGAUCAUUAUGACCCGUGAGGUUGAAAAGUUACGUGCUGAGCUGGCUAAUGCAGAAAAGAGAGCAAGGGCUGCCAUUGUUGCUGCUGCAAAUCCAAGCCCGGUAUAUCAUGCAAACAAUCCUGAUAUGGGGUUUGUUGGAGUCACAUACCCUCCUGAUACUUAUAGCAUGCAUCAGAUCCAUGCUGGGAUUGAAGCUCAUCCACAACAAUAUGCGUAUGGGGCAACAUUGCAUCAUCCCUAUGACCUUCAGCAGACACAAGGGCCAAGAUAGUUUUCAGCUAUACUUUAUUUUAUUUUAUGAAAGGAAAAAAAUUAACAUUGUAGCAUAUCACAAACAUUCCCCCUGAAAUUAUCGGUUCAAUAACUGCUUAUAACUUUGCUGAUAUCUGAUAAUGAUGUGUAUAUUAUAUAUUCUUAAUAUUGUAUGAGAAACACGUGAAGUAGAUAUGAUAGAGCCAACAAUAUUUAUUUGUUCA